AUGCCAUUUGGUAAGAAGGGAAAGCUAAAUCCCCGAUAUAUCGGACCUUAUAGGAUCGUCCGAAAGGUAGGCCAGGUAGCUUAUGAAUUGGAGCUACCAACAGAACUGCAAGCAGUUCACCUAGUUUUUCAUGUAUCCAUGCUAAGAAAAUAUAUUGGAGAUCCCUCCAGAAUCGUAUCUGUUGAUGAUAUACAAGUUACAAAGAAUCUGACAUACGAGGAAGAACCAAUUGCCAUUCUUGACAGACAAGUCCGUAGACUCAGAAACAAAGAUGUGGCUUCAGUCAAGGUUAUAUGGAGGAGUAAAUAUAGGGAAGAGAUGACGUGGGAAGCUAAGGCAGAAAUGAAGUCAAAGUAUCCCCAUUUAUUCCCUGCCCUUGAGAGGAUACUAUUCCGGAGGAAUCCUGCAAGAUUCUGCAUUAUCUGCAAAUCACUUACAAGGUAA